AUGGGCUACCUGGCAUUUCUCAUAUAUCGAAUCAUCAACGACAAACCAUUGAUACAAAUAACUUAUGAGUAUUUGGACAAACUCAGCAUUCCUGAAAUUGAACUCUGUGGUGAUCACAGUGAUAUCGAAAUAUCUAAAUGCAUUUUCCAUUGGAAUAAUAACGAAAAUUCCACUGACGGCUGUAGCCCGGAAAGCAAAAUAUUUGAAUCUGAAAAAGUCACGACAGUGGAUCAGGAUGGGGUUAAGCAUUGCUAUACUCUUCGAGCUAACAGUAGUUAUUUUUUCAGUGACUCGGAAAAAAUCUCUGAAGGGUUGUCGGUAGGGGGCAUUGAUUUUUAUUUCAAAAUUCUUAAUAUUUCCGCCGUUAUCGAGCAUUUUUUAUCCGUGGGAACUAUUACAGGCAAAAUAAUGGAUAAAGAAUUCAAGAAUUUAUCACCGACAAAUCCAGUAAAAAAACGAUUGGAUCAACAAAUGAAUACGUUCGCGGGCAUACAAAAUGUAUCGGCUCUGAUAUUCUUUAAGAAAACCACCUUGUCCACUUUACCCGACGACAUCUCCACAAUUCUCGGCCUACCUCCUAAUUACAUUAGCACACCCUUCUUUACCACUGUGUCGAAAUACUUUCAAAUGCAUCCAAAUGAUAGCUUUCCCUUUACAGGUCACUUUUAUGUUGCUCCAGGAAGUUUUCUCCACGAAGUGCAAUCUGAAAAACGUUCGUAUACGGUUCUUGGGACUCUGGGAGUGGCUGGUGGUGCUAUUGGAUUGAUUGGUGGAAUUUAUAUGUUGUUUUUUGGACAACCAAGAAUUAAUCCUUGGGGACUAAUGCAUAAAGUGGCAAAAUCAGAAGUAAUACGCAGUGCGGACUUGGAGAACCUUCCAUUCGUCUCGAAUACUAGUCCUACCAAAGGAAAAAUUUCUACUAGAGAAAGGUUCCCGGAAUCAAAGAGGUUUCAAUGUUUAAGAUGGGGGACAGCUAUUACAGUAAUUCUUCUCUAUAUAGGCUACUUGGCAUUUCUUGCAUAUCGAAUUGUCAUUGAUAAACCGUUAAUACAAAUAUCUUAUGAGUAUUUGGACAAAAUCAGCAUUCCUGAAAUUGAACUCUGUGGCGAUAACAGCGAUAUCGAAAUAUCUAAAUGUAUUUUCAAUUGGAGUAAUAACAAAACUACUGAUGGUUGUAGCUCGGAAAGUAGAAUAUUUGAAUCUGAAAAAAUCAUAACAAAGGAGGAUGGGGAUAAGUAUUGCUAUACUCUUAAGGCUGAUGAUAGUUACUUUUUCAGCGACUCAAAAAGACUCCCCGGAGAAUUGUCGGUAAAGAGCAUUGACUUUUAUUUCAAAAUCCUUAACAUUUCCGCCGUUGUCGAGCAUUUUUUAUCUGUAGCAACUAUCACAGGCCGAAUAUCAGAUAAAGGGUUCAAGGACUUAUCACCGACAAAUCCAGUAAAAAAACGAUUAGAUGAACAAAUGAAUACGUUCGCGGGCAUCCAAAAUGUGUCAGCUCUGGUAUACUUUAAGAAAACCACAUUGUCUACUUUACCUGAAGACGUAUCCACAAUCCUCGGCCUACCUCCUAAUUACAAUAAUACAUCCUUCUUUACCACUGUGACAAAAUACUUUCAAAUGCAUCCAAACGACAGCUUCCCCUUUACAGGUCACUUUAAUAUUGCUCCGGGAAGUUUUCUCCACGAGGUGCAAUCUGAAAAACGUUCGUAUACGGUUCUUGGGACUCUGGGAGUGGCUGGUGGUGCUAUUGGAUUGAUUGGUGGAAUUUAUAUGUUGUUUUUUGGACAACCAAGAAUUAAUCCUUGGGGACUAAUGCAUAAAGUGGCAAAAUCAGAAGUAAUACGCAGUGCGGACUUGGAGAACCUUCCAUUCGUCUCGAAUACUAGUCCUACCAAAGGAAAAAUUUCUACUAGAGAAAGGGUAAAGAGGGUGGAAGGUAGGAUUCUAGAAUUAGAAACAAUUUUGGGAGAAUAUGUGAUUAAUACAUCUGCUAUGAAAAAGCUGAUAAGAUGA